AUGCUCUCGCUCUCGCUCUUUCUAGAGCUUUGUGCCUUCUGGCUUGCGCUGAGAUCUGAACGUCGUGUACACCGACUCGCAAUGCACUUCGCUAAUGUUUUCGCCUGCUCGCAUUUCAACCCAGCAACUUCUGCCUCAAGGACACAGGUUCUUUCGUUUACACGAUUAUCGAUGUGGAAGAAUAAUAACGCACCGACAUCCUGCGUGUCUUUCUCAAAGGCUCAUCGUCUGAAUGUCCAGGGCUACAUGCUGCCAUCUGGCUCUGGAAAGGUCGAUACCACCUAUUUCAUGCUAUCAGCUAAAUGUGACCUAGCUAGCUCGUGCCAUUACCUCCACCACUCAAAUCGUCCGUACGAGCUUCAGCGUAUGUCACCGUCUUCGAUCGUAGAACUAGCUGCUGACGUUGGCGAGCUCUCCAUAUUCAAACACUCAGCGGGUGUAAAGGCCAUAAACUGGACUAAAAACUGCCAGUUAAGUGCAGUUCCUUAUCCGUUCCUCCUUUUACCCUGCGCACUCUAUGCCCGAGAACAUGGAGCAUGCGCGUCCCACGUCGUAGAGCGUCUAUUCCCGUCAUUAUACUGGCAGUCCAUUACCCUUGUUUUAUCCAACACGGACCUCCAAACAGGGAGGCGGCAUAGUGCUGUCUCGUACAAGGAUGGCUUUUGGAUGUUGAAAGGCUCAUUCCUAUACAGGUCUUUCGCAGGUAACGGAGUUGCUGACGUAUGCAAGUCUCCAUCUAUUUCGACAACCUGGUCUGAAGGAGAAACGUGCCUUCAUACAAGAUUGAUUCGUUACAGUGCCAAGCUCUCCUGUUUCCGUCACCCAUACUGGAGGAAUAGUGCGGCGGCAAUCCAUGCAUACCAUGGCAUCAUCAGCCCCUACGUGGUUCAGCAUUCUACACGCAAAUUUGACAUGGAGCGCGCACUUUUUGUUGGGUUUAUAUCUUGUUCCUUAAACAGCCGCUUCGAGCGAUACUCAGCCCUCGUCUUUGGCUUGAUACAGAUAGGCUUGCUUGCUGCUGUUUCAAGCUCGAUGGAUGGAAGCAGCGUGCUCCAGUACGCUCCAGAUCUACGCGGGACUUACGGACUAGAUAAUUUACUCGUCCUACACCACCUAUCACUGCUUUCUUGGGCUGCACCUCUAGUAUCUGCAAUCUCCACAGUUUCUACUGUGCUCGACUUUGUAUAUCUGACAAUACAAGGAAGACUUCCUGAUUAUCGGGUUUUCCUCUAUAUUACUAUUCCCUCUCUUCUAUCUUCGACUGUAUCGUGCUGGCGAGCAUACGAACACAAGAGUGCAGGAGGUAAUAAUCGGGGGUUCGUACGGUUCCUAAUCUUGCUGGCUAUUUCAAAUGCAAUAUCAGCUCUGUCUCAAUUCUCAAAACUUAUUCCGGCAUUCUUCUGCGGCGUGCGUCUAUUCAUUAAAUGGGCAUGGACUCAGAUGCGGUCGCACCAUUUGACCAGCACCAACACUGAGGGAGUUGUUAGGCUUGACAUCCUAGGGGAAGCGGAUUCGAUACCUGCUCUGUUCCCCUACACGACUCUCGAUGUUCUGUCCACUAUUAUCGUACUCAUAGGCGAUGCACCAGUUACACCACGGCUGACUCCUCUAACAUUGCCCGUUGGGUUGAACGAGCCCAUGGCAGAGGGCGUUGCAUGA